ACUUUCUUGCCCACUUUUCUUCCUUCUUCUUCUUCUUCCCUUGUUCCACCCACCUCAACCCAUCUUCCUUUCCCUUCCUCGAUCCCUUUGCAUUCGACUUCUGUUCAUAAUUCCCUGUUCCGAGUCACAUCGUCCCUCUAACCUUCUCCUUCCGUAUUUCCCCACCUUGGUUAGCUAGUUGCUGUGUCUGUGGUCCUCUCUGGUGGCGCAAGAUGAAGCUCACUUUCAAGGAUUUGAAGCAACAAAAGUUUGUAAUUGAUGCGGAGCCCUCCGAAACGGUUGGCCAAGUCAAGGAAAAGAUCUCCAAGGAGAAAGGAUGGGAGGUUCCCCAACUGAAACUCAUCUAUUCGGGAAAGAUCCUUCAAGAUGACAAAGCCAUCGAGACAUACAACAUUGAAGAGAAGGGCUUCGUAGUCUGCAUGGUGUCCAAGCCGAAAACUGCCGCACCCUCUGCCUCUUCUUCACAGGCCCCUUCCACGCCUUCCAGAGCGCCUGCAUCUACGCCCGCUGCUCCCCCGGCUCCGGCCCCCUCCACCAACACCUCCACGCCGGCUGUUCCUGCUACUCCUUCGCCCGCCGCCUCCCAACCCCCGCCCACUUCCUUCAAUGACCCCUCAACCUUGUUGGCCGGGACCCAGAGUGAGCCGGUCGUUGCUCAGAUGGAGAGCAUGGGCUUCCAGCGAAGUGAUAUCAACCGUGCCAUGCGAGCUGCUUUCUUUAACCCCGAUCGUGCUAUUGAAUACUUGUUGAACGGCAUUCCGGAUGACGUCCAAGAAGAACAGCAACAGCAGCAACAGCAGCAGGAGGAGGCCGCCGCCGCCGCUACUGGCUCCCCCCAGGCCCCUGCCGCGACUGGUGCCACCGGUGCCACUGGCGCCACUGGGGGCGGCGACGAACCCGUCAAUCUGUUCGAGGCAGCAGCUCAAGCCGGCGGCCAAGAAGGGGGUGCUACUCGUGGUGCUCGUGCUGGUGGGGCUGGAGCUGGAGCUGGAGCUGGAGCUGGUGGAGGUGAAGGUCUUCCCAGCCUGGAUUUUCUCCGUAACAACACCCACUUCCAGCAGCUCCGUCAGCUGGUCCAGCAACAGCCCCAGAUGCUGGAGCCUAUCCUUCAGCAGGUCGCUGCGGGUAACCCGCAGAUCGCCCAGCUGAUUGGACAGAACGAGGAGCAGUUCUUGCAGCUUCUGAGUGAGGAAGGGGAGGGCGCCCUCCCUCCAGGCACCCACCAAAUCCACGUUACCGAGGAGGAGAGAGACGCUAUCGAACGUCUCUGCCGACUUGGGUUUUCCCGUGACCUGGUGAUCCAGGCGUAUUUCGCCUGCGACAAGAACGAAGAGCUCGCCGCGAAUUACUUGUUCGAAAACCCGGACGAUCCCGAGGAUCUAUGAAAUGGCACUAUCGUAUCCUCCCCUCGAGACUUAUCAAUGAUACCGAGCCGCAGACCACGUUCUAUGUUCCGCUCCUCCCCUCGCCACUGCCGCUGCAUUUAUCUGCCCGGGUAUUCUACUUGAGCUAGUGGUCUGAGCUGGUAUCGCCGUUCGCUGUGUUCCCUCAGCCCAGGAUGUUGGUGUCUCUCUACACAUCAUGCUUACUCCAAACCCUUUCAUACAUACCAUUCUCCCCCUGGACCGUCACACACGAUGUGUGCUUUUUUCUUUUUCUUUUUGUUCUUUCAUUUUUCCUUUUUUUUUUCUGAGAUGACGUUUCCGAUCAAGCACUAGUUAAUACAACAAAAUGGGACAUGAUGAUUCGACCCGUC